UAUUGUCUGUAGCCUUAAAUACACUUGCUUCACCUUUCUUAAUAAAAAUUUUUUUUAUGUGUAUUGCAUCACAAAAGAGCCAAAAAUUUGAACAAACGCGGGAGAUGUUGUUCGUAAGCAACGGAGUUCCUGUGCAACUAAGGAACGCACCUUCGAUCGAAAUAAAAUAAGGGUUAAGACAAAGCUAAUAAUGUUGAUCGAAAAUAAUUUGAUAAAAAGAGAAUAGAAUUUUGGGUAAUUGGAAAUCUAACUGGUAUGAAUAUCAUGCAUCACCAAGACGUCAGAGUCCGCAUUCAGUAUUAUGCAACUCCAAACGGAGGGAAGGAAGGAUCACAAUUUUUAACAAUUUAUUGAAUAAACAAACGAGGGAAGUUUCAGAAAUAGGAGUAAUACAGUGGAUGUGAUAGCAAUAACAUAUUGCAUGAUGGUUUAAACUUUACAGCAACAGGUGCAGUAUCAUAGGAUUUGAUAUGAUUAACAAAGUGAUGUAAGAAUGUUGUAAAAAAAUAAGGGUAGUAAAAAAUAUAGUAGGGAAUAACGCUUACAUAACAGCAGUAUGGUUGGGUAUAAUAGAAAUAAAACAAUAUGAAUUAAUAAUAACGUAAUAAAACAAUAUGAAUUAAUAAUAACGUAAUAAAACAAUAUGAAUUAAUAAUAACGUAAUAAAACAAUAUGAAUUAGUAAAGAUAAAAAUAAGAAUAUGGCAAGUAGCAAAUAGAAAAAUAAUAAGACAAUACAUCAAUAGGAUUGGAAAGUUUUAAAUGGAAUAUUAAAAUGGACAGUACAUUCAUUGAACUCUUGAAGAAAAGGUAGUAUUUGGAAUACAAAAUCUCUAUAUUAUAAACAUGAGAUACUAAGUAAGUUUUGAGGAGGUUUCAAAACCACUCACGAUAAAGUGGCCUCAGCAUACCACUGAAUUCAUAUUUUGUUGUAAGUUUUGACUGUAUUUCAUUAGUUCUGACCCAGUUUUAUUUCUGAGAAUAAACUUAAAACCAAACCAACAGCGCUAACUUUAUAAUUACAAAAUAUGUUUUUUCGUAGUACCAUUGAUUAUUAUUUUUUUUUGUCUUGAAAUGUUAAAUGAACCCUAUGUUAAAUAUUGUAUUGGGACGAGUAUUGGGAGAAAGGACUCGUGAAGGACUUUUUGAUGGAACUUACUUUUCUGUCAAGAAAAGAAAAAGUCAAUCUUCUCUUAUAGAAGGGGGAAUGAUAUACUUUUGUGGCGGUGGGAUGAUUUGCGUAGUAUUAAAGAAUACAAAAGGAAAAAUGUGCCAAUAUAUUACCUGGGUUAAUGAAGGUCAUUUCCCCAGUAAAACAUGGCAAGAUGCAACGAUUAAGACCAGCUAUGGAGCUCCAUCUUCGAAUUUAACUGUUGGUUUAGCUGAAUCAAAAGGAAGAAGGUUGAUCAUUACUCACAUUGGGAGCAAAGAAGGAUUUGUUUCAGGUGACGCAGAUGUAUUUAUAGGGGGAAAAAAAGUGGAGAAGAAAUGGACAGUAACCAUUUUUAAAAUUGGUCGAAAAGUGAUAUUGUUGUGGAUAAUGCUUCCUACCACUCCAUCAAAGUGUAGAAAACUCCCACUAAUUGUUGGAAAUAAAAGCUCAAUACAAGAAUGGCUAUGCAGCAAAAAUAUUGAAUGGGAUAUCGAUAUGCUUAAAGUAGAGCUUCUGCAAAAGGAUGCAGAAAACAAACACCUGUUUGACAGAUAUCGAGUUGAAGAUAUUGCCGAAAAAUACGGACAUACAGUUUUAAGACUACCUCCAUAUAACUGUGAACUGAAUCCGAUUCAAUUCAUAUGGAGUCAGAUAAAACCGCCUGAUGUUCUUCUUGAAAAUAAAACUUUCAAAUUAAACAAGCCUCUCCUCCUUCCCUUGACGGAAAGGAGGAGAGAUGAGUUAACUAGCUCUUCCCCUGAGGGGAAGGAGGAGGUGAUGAUUAUAGAAGAAGCUUUCUUCUAUUUAUAGGAGAUACGGACUACUCCUUAAAGGCCUGUUUACACCUUAGAGGAGUAAUUUAGGUAGAGAGAACCAGUCCCCCAUCCCUCGUUGCAAAGAACAUCGUCACGUGAUUCCUGGACGAUUUUCCCUCCAGUAAACCCUCUCCCCAUUCUUUUCCUAUGGAGGUGAAUUGAUGAGCUGUGUUUUUAACUAUAAAAUUUAAAAAAAAUGGUGGUAUACUGCUGUGCAUUUGGAUGCAACGAAAAAUUCAUUAAAGGAGGACCUUUUACAUUU